AUGACAUCCGAUUUGUCCGGAAGGACCACUGUCAUCACCGGCGCCGUUGGGGGCUUAGGGUUCGCAUUGACUCUCGCCAUUCUACAAGCAGGCGGCGACGUUGUCUGCUUGGAUCUACCCCUCGAGCCGCCGAGAGAGGCGUGGGUUGCGAUUACGACCUGGGCCACGAAAUCCAAUACGGUUGCAACAUAUCAUCAUUGUGAUGUUACGAACGAGGAGGAGAUCAAAGCGGUACUUGAGAAGUCUCAGCAAUCUGCGCAAGAGCGCAAUCAUCCCAUUCGCGGACUUAUCGCGGGCGCCGGAAUCCAGAAGAUGUACGAUGCGAUGGAAUUCCCCGUCGACGCUUUCCGAAAGAUCCAUGAUAUCAACGUUACCGGGAGCUUCUUGAUAGCCAAGCACGUGGCGAGAAUUAUGAGAGACACAGGUCUAGGGGGGAGCAUUCUACUAGUCGCCUCGAUAGCGGGAUACGUUGCGAGCAGGGGCGUCCACGGAGCUGCAUACUGCGCCUCUAAGGCUGCAACGCAUGCGCUAUGCCGCUCUCUCGCCACAGAAUGGGGCACGCUUGGAAUAAGGAUCAAUUCUCUCUCCCCUGGUCCUAUUAAGACGGAUUUGCUAGAUGCGAUGCUCGAGGAAACUCCGUCGCUUAAUGCAUCGUUUAUGGCCUCAAAUGUCCUUGGACCCCUCGGAGCUCCCGAUGAUCUUCAAGCAGCGGCUAUUUUCUUCCUGGGGGACGGGUCAUCUUAUGUGACAGGCACAGAUCUAUUGAUUGAUGGGGGAGCUUGCUCAUCGACUUGA